CGUACGCGUCUGGCGUUCGCCUGCGUCAGCAGCAGUCUAGACGCAAACGCAUUGCAGUCAGUUUCAAUAAUAAUACGGAUAUACAUGACGGCAAAAUUUCAAUUUUCUUCCAAGGAGGACGAAAAAUUAAUAGAAAAUGUCGCAAAUUACCCUUUCCUUUAUAAUAUAUGCGAUGAAAAUUAUAAGAAUCAUGAACUAAAAGAAAACGUUUGGAAAGAAAUAUCAUAUGAAUUGAGAAGAACAGCUGCUGAUUGUAAAAAAAGAUGGCGGAAUAUUAGAGACACAUUUAUGAAAAUAAAACGGGGUAACAAACAUGGCAGGGGGUCGACAGCGAAACCGAAAUCCAAAUGGCCAUUAUUGCAGCAAUUAGGUUUUUUAGAUAAUGUAACUUCUGAGAAAAGUAAUAGUAAUAUGGAUGAUUUGCAAGAGGAUUCAGAAAACAGUAUCGAAGAAAAAGUUUCAAUAGAAACAUCAACAAUUACUUCGACACCAUAUGUACCGCCUUUGAGAAAAAGAAAAUUACAUCAUACACAAAACACAAAUGUAACGAAAAAAUUCAAACACGAAUUAACUAAAAUUUUAGACUUACUAGAAAAAAGAGCACUUGAAAGACAGACAUUAAUAGAAAAUAUUAAUAAAAUAAUAGUAGAAGAUACCGAUCCUGUUUGUACAUUUUUCAAAAGUAUGGCGAUGACUGUAAAAACAUUUCCACCACAUUUAAUUGCAGAGGCAAAAUAUCGAGUUUUUGAAAUAAUCAAUGAAUUAGAAAAAAAGCCAUUAGAACAAUAGCGUGUGAUAUAAGUGAAAUAAAAUUAUUUUUAAAUAAUUAA